GGACUCGGAAGCUGUCGGUCGGAAGACGGACCCAGGGAUGUGGCUGCUGUCAGUGUUGCUGCCUCUCGCCAGGCUCUACUUAUGCGGAAUCAAAGUUCUUAUCUAUCAGACGUUCAACAGAUCGUUCACACUGCCAGGUACUCAGUAAAUGAAGGCAUCCAAGUGGAUUUCUAACUGAAGGAACCAAUGGAGGGUAAAGGUUCAGGACCUUCAUGCUCCGGCCUCAAUCUGGUUGCACACCCACGGGCAAAAAGCAAAGUCUGGAAAUAUUUUGGCUUUGACACAGAUGCAGAUGGCUGCAUAUUGCACUGGAAACGGAUAUACUGUCGCGUUUGCAUGAGUCAGAUUGCUUACUCUGGAAACACCUCUAAUCUGUCGUACCACCUUGAAAAGAACCACCCUGUAGAGUUCAGUGAGUUUGUGAAGAGUAACACAGAUCAGAUGCGCGAGGCAUUUGCAACAGCAUUCUCCAGGAUAAAGAAUGAGCCUUCAGGUCUACAUGUUCAGCAACAAUCCCAGGACACAAACCUAAGGCAGAGCUUAGACUAUGAAAACAGACGACACAAUGAUCUGACGGCUGCCAUCAUCAACUUCAUCUGUGAGGGCUUGUACCCUGUAUCUGUAGUUGAAGAGCCGACUUUCAAGACCUUAAUGACCACCAUUGAUCCUGGGUACUGUCCACCAAGCAAAAGCGACCUGAUAGUGAAAAUGCUGCCUCAGAUGUAUUGCCGUACCCGAGACAUGGUCUUCAGUGAGCUCGCUGGAGUUGUGAACUGUGGUGUUACUACUGACCUUUGGCAAAGCCAAACCCAGAAUAGAACAUAUAUUUCACUGUCUAUGCAUUCAGUUAAUUACAGCAGUACGACUGGCUUCUCGAUGACCAACAAGUGCCUUAAAACUUUCGAGGUACAAGAGGACAACACGGCAGAGAACAUCACCAGAGCGAUGUAUGAAACCUUCGUUGAGUGGGGGAUUACUCAAAAAGUCAGUGGUGCCACCACAAAUGGUUCAGUGGACAUUGUUAAAGCAUGCUCACUCCUCGAUCUGUCUGUGGAAAUGCCUUGCCUUGGACACACCAUUAACCGUGCAAUGGACGAAGCCUUCCAGCUGCCGCGUGUCGAAAGCUUUUUGGGAUGUUGCCGCAAAAUUGUUGACCAUUUCAGAGAACCAGCAAUGUAUCUGCUGAAGGAAAAACAGAAGCAGCAUGGUCUUGCCCAGUGUGCACUCAUCACAGACAGGGGUAGGUCUUGGUUGGCCACGUUGGCAAUGUUACAAAGACUGAGGGAGCAACAGAUUGCUGUAACUGAAACACUUAGAGAGAGUUCCAGCAACCAUCAGUUCACCUUUGAUGGUCCUGACUGGACCUUGUUAGAGGGCUUGGCUGAAGUCCUCCAGCCUUUUAAAGUCGUUGCUAACAUGAUAACUUCUUGCAGGUACCCAACCAUUAGCAUGGUUAGGCCUGUGCUUCAUAUGCUGUUGAACAACACCCUCAAGGUCAAGGAAGGGGACCUCAAAGAGAUCAGCAUGACCAAAGAGGUCAUCUCAAAAGUCCUAUCAAGCACCUAUUCACAAAAUUCUCAACUAUCACAAGAAAUUUCAACAUUCCUCAACAUUGCUACCUUCCUGGAUCCUCGGUACAAGAAGUUGCCCUUCCUGUCCACUCAGGAACGCUCCAAAGUUGAGAACAACAUAAUCGAGGAGGCAAAAGCAAUCCUUGAGAAGCAGAUUGCAGAGCGACCGUGCCUAGAUGAUUUCUCCUUGGUAUCUGACGAGCCACCUAGCAAGAAGCAGACACCUCUAAGAGAAUCCUCAGCGAGCUGCGUAUCCCUAGAUAACCCUUUGGCUGCCAUAUUUUGUCAGUCCGAUGCAGACCAGAGCCAGGAGGAGCUGCAUGCACAAGUGUUAGAGGAGUUGAGCAACUACAAAUCACAGCGAGUCCUAGGCCUUAAUGAAGACCCUUUACUGUGGUGGUCGAGUCAUGCACCAUUGUUCCCCACCCUCCCCAAGGUGCUCCAGAAGUAUUGGUGUGUUCCUGCCAUGAGUGUCCCUUGUCACAGGUUGUUCAGCUCCUCUGGGACUGUUCUGUGUGGGAAAAGGAAUCGCCUAGCUCCAGUUUUAGUAGAUCAGCAGGUCUUCCUAUAUGAGAACUCACGAGGCUACUAUGAGCCUGAACCCUGUGAGGAUGAUUUGGAAAAUGUUUGGGAAGGAAACUGUCUGGGUCAGCCACUUGAAUGACUGUGUGUUUUUAAAUAUGCAAAAGAGUGAAGUUAUCAGUCUCAUGUCUGGGCAGUGCCAGGGUCAUUUAGCUGAGGUAGUAUAAAGAGUGGAAGCAGGAAAAAACAUCUUGCCUGUCCAAUGUUAAAAAACAAAACAAAACAUACAAACCAAAAUACAGAUAUUCAUGUUCACCAAAUGAAUGCCAAUUCUGACUUUUCUUCUAGGGGGUGAAAAUUGAUUAUUUUCAGUGAAAUGUCUCAACAACUAUUUGACAGAUUGCUAUGAAAUUUGCUUUAGACAUUUAUGGUGCCAAGAAUAUAAUUCCUGAUCACUGAUCAUCUGACAUUGCAUCUAGUGCAAUCAUCAAAUCAAAGUUAGAUUUUUUUUUCCAGCAUUUUGUAGGGAUGUCUUGUGACAUUUCUGUAAAUAAGACAAACUGAGUGAGCUUUAAAAGUGUUGUUUUAAGUUUUUUCUAGUUUGAGCAGAGGUAGGCCAGCUUUUUUUCUUUGCUUCCAGUCUUAAUGUACUUCAAACACAAAAAUCAGAAAAAAAAAGUGAGAAAUCUUCCCAAUCCUCUCAGUCACAGAAAGAAAGAACUAGAAGUUGUAAGAUAUGUGUUAAAGCCUGUUAGUAAACUAUAGAAAUGGCUUGUAUUUUUAUUUCAAUAAGAGAAAUCCCUUAAUUGCUAUGGUGUACAUCAUAUUUUUCCUUCAGCAGUCGACAAAAUCUGUACAGAAAAUGUAGUUAACUGAAAUUAACAUAACAGCAGAGAUAGCUGUAACAUUUACAUUUGUAUCCAACAAAUGCUUACAUUAAAGAGCGUUUUGUGAU